UUUUAAGAUGAAUCACUACAAGAGAGAAAAACUGAAUGAAGAAAUCUGGAGUAUAGAUAUGCUAUAAAAAAGUCCAUGUUCCUUAUUAAAUUGUUUGUGGGGUGUGAAAUGUCGGUAAUGUAAUGUUUUUAAAUGCAGCGUUUCAAAUAAUUCCAUUAUUAUUGUCAACUAUAUACUCUGUCAUUUCAAGACAGAGCCGGAUAGCUUUACUUUUCUAAUCUAUGCUGCCAUGCACGCCUGCCUGUUUGUUUUCUUGGAUUUUCAGGAGAAGAAGUAAUAUUACUGUUAAAAUAACUUAAAUACAAACGUCUCUAACCGAUUGUUUGUCACAACCUGAUGUAAAACCGAUCUGGAACUGGUUAUCAAAGGGGUAUCACUAUGGCUGGAAUCAUCCGGAAACUGGACGAGACUGUAGUGAACAGGAUCGCCGCAGGAGAAGUUAUUCAGCGUCCUGCCAACGCAGUCAAAGAAAUGAUUGAAAACUGUUUAGAUGCAAAGUCCACCAACAUCCAGGUGACGGUGAAAGAUGGAGGAAUGAAGCUCCUCCAGAUCCAGGACAACGGUACUGGCAUCAGGAAAGAAGACAUGGACAUAGUUUGUGAGCGCUUUACCACGAGUAAACUCCAGACGUUUGAGGACCUCUCAGGCAUUGCAACCUAUGGAUUCAGAGGAGAGGCUCUUGCGAGUAUAAGUCAUGUUGCACAUGUAACAAUAACAACCAAGACAGCAGAUGCCAAAUGUGCAUACAGAGGGAGCUACAGUGAUGGAAAACUCAAAGGUACUUUAAAACCAUGUGCUGGCAACCAGGGAACACAGAUUCUAGUGGAAGACCUCUUCUAUAAUGUGUCCACCAGGAGGAAAGCUUUGAAGAGCCCUAGUGAAGAGCACUCCCGGAUUGUAGAAGUUGUCAGCAGGUAUGCCAUACACAAUUCAGGAAAAAGUCUUUGUGUCAAAAAGCAAGGAGAAACUGUGGCCGAUGUGAGGACUCUCCCAAACGCAUCAGUAGUGGACAAUAUUCGAGUGGUGUUUGGAAACGCAGUCAGCAGGGAGCUCAUUGAAGUCAGCUGUGAGGAUCAAAAGCUUGCUUACAAGAUGAAAGGCUACAUCUCCAACGCAAACUACUCAGUCAAGAAAUGCAUCCUGGUCCUCUUCAUUAACCAUCGUCUGGUGGAAUCGAGCGCUUUGAAGAAAGCCAUUGAGACGGCCUACAGUGCAUACCUUCCCAAGGGAACGCACCCUUUUCUGUACCUCAGCUUGGAAAUCGCCCCACAGAACAUAGACGUGAACGUUCACCCCACCAAACAUGAGGUUCAUUUCCUGCAUGAAGACAGUAUAAUUGAGAGUGUCCAGAGGCACAUCGAAAGCAAACUGCUGGGCUCCAACUCCUCACGUACAUAUUUUACCCAAACCUUGUUGCCUGGACUUUCUGUCUCGGGCGGCACCGAUACUAAGACCUCCAGCACUUCAGCAGAAUCCACUGAGAGAGUUUACGCUCAUCAGAUGGUGAGAACUGACUGCCGCUCUCAGAAGCUGGAUGCCUUUCUGCAGCCAAAACAGAAGACGAACCUGCAACUGGAACCAGGUCCUGGUCCGAGCAGCAGAGAGCUUGAAAACCAAACCAUGCAGGACGAAAUUGACGAGAUGAAUGAGGCAGAUGAUGCCGAAAUGAUGGCUGCUCUGACUGAGCUCACUGACGUGUCAAAGGACAAGGGAGAAGGAGGCAUCGGAAAAAAUGAUUCUCAGAGGAAGCGUCCGAGGAUUGAGCAGCAGGAAGAAGACGAAGAGCUGACGGCUGCAGCGGUGCCAAAGAGACGAGUCAUAAAACUGACCAGUAUCAAAGAGCUGAGGGCUGAGAUUAAAGAGAACACACACAAAGGUCUUCAAGAGAUGUUGCAAAACCACUCGUUUGUCGGCUGUGUUAAUCCUCAGUGGACCCUGAUCCAACAUCACACCAAACUGUACCUGGUCAACACAACCAAACUCAGCCAGGAGCUUUUCUACCAGAUAAUGACCUACGACUUUGGGAACUUUGGGGUACUCCGACUGUCUACUCCAGCUCCACUUUACGACCUGGCUAUGUUGGCCUUGGACUGUGAGGAGAGUGGCUGGACAGAGGAGGAUGGACCCAAAGAAGGUCUGGCUCAGUACAUAGUAGACUUCCUGAAGAGGAAAGCUGAGAUGCUGGAGGACUACUUCUCACUGGAGAUAGACCAGGAGGGGAAUCUGAGAGGUCUGCCCCUUCUGCUGGACAAGUACACUCCUGUCAUGGAGGGUCUGCCUAUGUUCAUACUGCGAAUGGCCACUGAGGUGAACUGGGACAGUGAGAAGGAGUGCUUCAGAGACCUGUGUAAGGAGUGCAGUAUGUUCUACUCCAUCAGGAAGCAGUAUAUCUUGGAGCCCGAGUCAGGAGAGGAGCAGGAUAGUGAGGCAAACUCCUGGCGUUGGAAAACAGAGCACAUCAUCUUCAAAGCUUUCCGAAACCUGAUCUGUCCUCCUCAGACCUUCAGUGAGGACGGAACUGUGCUGCAGAUCGCCAACUUACCUGAUCUCUACAAAGUGUUUGAGAGGUGCUGAAUACGAUGACCGACAAGUCCUGAAUGCUGCUACUAUUUUUUUAAACCUCUGAUGUUGUUUGGGCUGUAAAUAUAAUGUGUUAAUCAGAAGGAAAAACAGUCUUCAGUUAAUAAUACAUCACGUCAGGGGAGAUGACAACAUCAGUAGCCAUAAAAUGACAGCCAAUCCCUGCCAAAGGUGGAAUUAUCAUUAAUAAUAAUCAUUAUUAUUUAAAUGUGUAAAUGAUGCAGAACUCCAAGCUUAACAGGAAGUAGAAUAAAAACCUCUACAUUCUAAA